CCAUCUGCCCCAUCUUAAUUGACGUUGACGGAGAUUGAAUUGGAGUUUGGAAAGAUCUGAGCCGCUGAGCGUAAUAGUGCCUGGUAAAAAAAAAAAAAGGCAAAUAUCAGAGCAGUUUGUGGGUAAGAGAAUGGCGGCAAAAGAAGGAGAAGGGAAAGAGUUCGUGUACAGAAUCAGUACGGCUCGAGAGUGGGAAGAGCUCCAGAAGAGUGGAUCUAUUUUCGGUGGAGACCUCGACAAGUCUACUGGUUGCAUCCACCUCAGUAGACUCGACCAGGUGCAAGGAACAUUACAGAACUUUUUCUUAAACACUAAGGUGGAUUUGUACCUUCUCCAAAUUGAUGCUGAAAAGCUUGGGGAUGGAUUGAUCUAUGAACUUGUGGAUGGCUCGAAUAGCUUCCCCCAUUUUUAUGGCCCAUCCAAAAGUUUUGCUCCUCUCCCGUUAGACGCAGUGGCAAAAGCAGAGAAAUUGUCUCUAUCAGAUGGUCGAUUCAGUUGUAGUUUCCUGAAUUAAUUGGUGAUGAUUCAUUAUGUAUGUUAAACAAUCAUUUCGAUCAUCUUUUUCCUUCGCUUAACAUGUUUGAGAACCAAAUCAGUUUAUCUAUGAAUUAAUCACGUAUCCUCUAUUUUUUGA